GGGGCAGACUGCGACCACUGCUGCUGUCCAUCAGGGGGGUGGGAGGCAGAGACAGAGCCCCUCUACUCCAGCUGGCCGGCUUUUACUGACGGACGCCAGAGCCACAGCAGGAGGGAAGGGAGAGAGACAGAUAGAGUGAGAGAGAGACAGAGAGAGUGAGACGGAGAGAGAGAGAGACAGAGAGACACAGGGAGUGAUUAGAGAGAGGCCUCACCUGGAUCCAUUGCUUUAGCUUUUUGUAUUUCUGCGGAGGGAGUUGAGGUGAUUGUUUAGUCAGCCGUUGUGGUGGUGGUGGUGCUGUCGUUGGAGGUGUUGGUGGUGGUUUGGGGGCGUACAGCAGGUUGAUUUCGGGGUGCAGGGGUGUGGUAGAACCCCAGGGGGUACGGGGCAGUUUGCUUUGCCAUGCAUCAGAACUGGGAUUGGAGUGGGGACAUACAGAGGCACGUUGAGACUCUGAAGGACAGCCAGGCCAAGAUGUUGGGAAAAGGCUUCGCCGGUGGUAGUGGAGGUGGAGGAUACCCGGUGGCCAACUCUUCCGGAGAACCCCUGCAGAGUGGCAAUCCAGCCAACAACGUCAACAACCAGAAAGCAGCGUUCUUCGACAGCCUGCCGCCUGCUGGUAUUGGUCAGACUGGGCAGCCGGGUCAAGCCGGGCAGGCCGGACUACAUCAGAACCAGCCGAACCAGCAGAACCAGCAGCUCUUCCUGAGCCCCGCCGGCCUCCAGCUUGCUCAACUGCAGGCUCAGCUCACCCUCCACCGCCUUAAGUUGGCCCAGGGCGGCGUGGGAGGCAACGCAGCCAGCGCUGCCAGUGCUGCCUCUGCCGCCACCGUCCUGAACCAGGUCCUGUCCAAUGUGGCCAUGUCCCAGCCCCUGUUGAAUCAGCUGCGCUCAUCCGCCAUGGUGGGGAACCCCCAAGGGGCCUUCCCGAACGGGGGCCUGGGCUUCCCCAAUUCCAACUCGGCGCUGGGGGCACUGGUGGGGGGAGCCUUCAACCAGAACCUCGGGAACGUGGGUCCGAACAACUACGGCGGGGGCUCAGCCAUGGGCCAACAGGGUGGGGGGGACUACGGCAAGAAGACGGGGUACCCUGCCGACACGGACAGGCGCAUGCAGUACGGGGGCUUCCAGGGCGGGACGUCCAUAGCCACGAGUAAGGCCGGGGACGGGCAGUACACGUCCACAAACACCCAGGCGAAAAUCGCAAACAACGGCGGGUUCCACCGAGAGUACUACGGCCAGGAGAUGCAGGGACAACAGUCUGGGUACUGCGGCGGUGAACAGAAGGUCGGUUCUUAUCCCGGCGCCGGACUUAAGGAGCCUUGGAAGGGAAACGCCGGCAACCUGUGCCACACCGGGAAGAUGGACACGUCCGCCAACGCCAAAGGGUGGAAUUCAUCCGGGCAGCCGACCCGUUCCCGAGCUGACCUGUACAACCCAGAGGAGCCUACCUUGGACCCAAAGUUCACCACAGGAGGGGCGGGCGCCGCGUUCCCAAGUGGACCUCAGGGGUUUAUGGGCUUCCCACCGCUGCAGGGCGGGGAGGAUCCACUGUCUGGGGGGCCCAGAACCCUUCAGUCGCAUCAGGUCAACGAUUACCUCGGGACCAUUCCUUCCCAUCUGCCGCACCAGUGCACCAUCUGUGAGAAGAAGGUCUACAACCUCAAGGACUGGGAUCAGCACGUGAAGGGAAAGCUCCACCUGCAGAACCGUUCUCUGUACGCCACUGAGGGCAGCGCGGCGGGGCUAGCUUCCGGAGCUGAGCACUACACAGUCAGCGGCGCGUCCAACGGAGCUCCGAACACGGCGGUCAAUAACUCAAUGGUCUACUCUGCCCCCGGUCAAGAUGUGUCCUCAGGCACCAAUUUGCCCUACUUACCAGCUGCAGGAAUGAAGAGUUACCCCAUGGCAGCCGUCGGAUUUACCUUACACCAGCCGGGGGCAAAGCCGUUUCCACCCAGGAAGUCCACGCCGGGACGGGUCGUCCACAUCUGCAACCUCCCAGAGGGGAGCUGCACCGAGACUGAUGUCAUCAACUUGGGUCUGCCCUUCGGGAAGGUCACCAACUACAUCCUCAUGCGCUCAACAAGCCAGGCCUUUCUGGAGAUGGCCUUUGUGGAGGCAGCUCAGGCCAUGGUGCAGUACUACCAGUUGACUCCUGCCAUGAUUAACGAUCAAAAGCUCCUGAUUCGGAUGUCCAAGCGAUACAAGGAACUCCAGCUGAAGAAACCAGGGAAGGAUGUGGACACUAUUAUUUAUGGUAUCAACUCCCAGAGAGUGCGAGGGGAGAUGCCGGAGCCUGAACACUACAUCCCGGAGAGGGCUCGCUCCAGGAGUCCCGUCAGCCGCUCCCUGAGCCCGCGCUCCCACAGCCCCAGCUUCACCUCCUGCAGCUCCGCCCACAGCCCCCUGGGGGGGGGCCCCGGCCGGGGGGCCCACAACGGCCAGGGCCCCCGCCGCGGCUCCUGGGACUGGAGCUGCCAGCAGCGGGGCCGGGGCGAGGAGGAGAGGGAGCGGGAGAGGGACGAGCUGCGCUGGAGGAACGGGACGGGCGGCGAGGAGGACCGGAGCGGCGGAGGCGACUGGCAGGGGGGGAAGCACUACCCCAAACCCAUGGACCGGGUUAGCCCCAGAUCUGGAGACCAGCGAGGGGGAGGAGGGGGAGGUGGAGGAGGUGGGGGAGGAGGAGGAGGAGGAGGAGGAGGAGGAGACGGGAUGAGGGGCGGCAGAGACUGGUACCCCCGGGGCAGCCCUCAGGGAAUGCCCUUCAACUCCUACAGGAACCAAGAGGAGGACUUCUAUCCAAAGGAGCAGGGCUACAAGACGGAGAAGCUCCCCAGGGCGCCGUAUCAGAGACACGAGGCCAAGCCCCGGAGGAGGGACGGCCCCGGGGACUACCACAGCCGCACCCGGCAUUCCGAGUCGGACAUGACGGAGGAGAUGUGUUCCAGAACGCCGGAAGACAGGAGGCAGAGUUCACCGGGAAGAGGAAGGAGCAAAAAGACAAGUCGGAGGCAUGGCCCCAAGGAGAAGCAGGAGAGCCAACCCGCUCCUGGGAAUACUGCUGGGAAUACUGCUGGGAAUACUGCUGGGAAUACUGCCGGGAAUACUGCCGGGAAUAACGCUGGGAAUACUGGCAACCAGUUGAAGGAAAGAUCGUCUUCUCCUCAGCAAAGCAGAGCAGAAGCAAACCAAAAAGUGGUUACAGCAUGUGUGAAGGAAAAUCAAGUGGAGGUGUGCGAGGAGAGCGGCGAGGACACGGAGGGCGAUUGCUGGUACCCCGGCAACAUGGAGGAGCUGGUGACGGUGGACGAGGUGGGCGGCGAGGACGACUCCAUCGUGGAGCCCGACCUGCCCGAGCUGCUGGAGGGGAGCUCCUGCUCCGGGGACCAGCAGGACCCGGGCCGAGAGCUACAGGCCGCCGCCGCCGCCGCCGCCCCCCCCGCACCGCGAGACGUCCCAGAGCAAGAGAAGAGCCCUGAGCCCUCCGAACCAGCGGCCCAAGAGCCCCCCAGGGAGGAGCUCCUGGAGGUCCGUCCCCAGACGGGGGCGGCGUCGGAGGUGGAGGUGGUGGCGGAGGAGGAGGAGGAGGAGGAGCCGGUCCAGAUGGAGGCCCCUGCGCAGCCGCUCCACGCGCUGAACGACUUCCCGGGCCAGGAGCUGAAGGCGGCCCUGGAGGAGGCCCGCGCUGAGGUCCGAGCGGAGGAGAGCUCCGGGCCGUCGGAAGAGGAGCAGGCGCCCGGCGCGUCCGAGGACAGCAUGGUCCAGGACGUGGCCCCCACCCCCGAGACAAAUAUUAAGGAGACCCAGCACAAAGAGGAAGCUCCUAAAAUGGGUGUCCAUAACAUCACAAACAACCUGUAUCAGACGCGGGCAGAGAUCGAAGGUCACUCGCCGACGCGAGAACAGGACCGGGUCAUCAGUGAGCACAGCAUUCCUCUAGGGGUGGAGUUCAUCGUGCCGAGAGCUGGGUUUUUCUGUAAGCUGUGUGGCCUCUUCUACACCAGUGAGGAGACGGCCAAGACGGCCCACUGCCGCAGCACCGUGCACUACAGGAACCUGCAGAAAUACCUGACAGAGCUGGCAGAGGAGAGUCUGCUGGGGGCAAUGACACAGCAGCCAUCUUCAGAAUGACCUCAGCCACCUGUGACCUCGCACCUGUGCUUUCUGAUCAUCAGACUCUCACAAUGUGUUUGGAUUGGUUCUCUUGUUACCUUACCCGUAUAUAGUGUACACUUUAAAUGACGUAUAGCUGGGAUUAUGACACUUACCAAGUACUGCAAAUCUAUCGGUGUGCCGUGUAUUGUUCGCAUAAACAAGCGUGCAAGUGUUUUCGUAUUUGCAUGUGUGCAGACCAUCUUAAUUGAGUGAAUGCGAUGGUAAUGGUAACCGCUAUGCAUCAUGGGAUAGAAGUGAAAUAAGUGUGCAUAUUUAGCACACUUCUUUUCUGGUGCAUUAUGGGUAUUCGGUAUUGCACUAUAUAGGGAACCAGAUUUGUACACUCAAAUUUCGGACAGCACUACAAAAUAGUGACGCCACAAAUAGGGCACUAUAUCGGGCAUGACUAAGUCAACCAAUUGGAACACGGCAUCAGAGUGUGCUUGGUCUAUGAAAGGCUAUACAAGACGGACUAAACUCAAAAGUGGGAAUGUUUAAUAUUGGCAAAACCUGCUGGUCUAUUUACUGGACAAAGUGCUUAAGGGAGGAAAAACUUAAGAAUAUCUUAUUUGUCAUGAAUCUUUUACAAUAACAAAAGAUUCAUUUAUUUUAAGGGAUUCAGUGCCUUAAUUUCGUGCCUUAUAAGCAAUUUUGUAAUUUAUUUUAAAUGUGUAAUAUGGCAUUGUAAUGUAUGGCAUUGUAACAUUGUAAUAUGUAAUAUGUAAUAUGGCACUCAACUCCAAAUAAUUGCAAUUUCAAUCGAAUACUGACAAAAAAAACUGCAGGGAGAUUUAAUCCAUCAGCGAUUAUUUAAUGUUAUCAUACAUGUUGUGAAAAUAGUGGUGUUAUGAAUUUCAUUUUUAUGGAGAGAUAAUGCUAUGAAUCUUUGAAAAUAUAUGAUCCUAGCAAUUUGAUAAUACAUUGUGAGUGGCAAAGAUGACUUGAAAUUAUAUUAUACAAAAUGGUUUUACUCAGUUGACGAAACUGAGAUCAGUUCUCAGGUUUUAUUGCAUUUGUUAAAAGCAAUUUAAUGUGGCAGCAUAGAUGUGUAUAUUAUUUUUCAAAACAUGGGCCUUCUCUUCUUAUUUCUUCAGUCCCUUUAUUUAGUUUACUGGAAUAACUCAUUUAUUUAAAUAAUUUAUUUAAAAAGAAUUCGGUUUUUUUUUGGUGUUGGCUCUUGAACUCGAAUCCCAAGAGGAUGUUUAUAAUGUGUGUCAUUAUUUGAACGCCUUAAGAGGAACUCAAACUGGACCAUGUGUUUAUUGAAAUUAACAAUGCUUCUAACAGAUGCGAUAGUGAACACCAUUUGUGUUUGAUUAUCUGUUUUAUACACUGUGAAUUCUGAUCCUUCAAUGCCAAAGAUAUUUUUCUGGGAAAACCUUUUCAUAUUAAUGUUUCUGAUGGAUAAAUAAAAUGACUUUAAUAAAUGUUUUAAAGAUG